AUGUUCUACGUGCGAUGGUUCGAUGCCGUCAUAAUUUUGCAUAUCCUCACAGCCGCUAAUAACUCGAAAGGCGAUGGGCUAGCCGUUGGUUCAUCUAAUGGACGACGGAUGGUCAUCCGGAGUUACAAACUGGAUCCCCUCAGCAAAGCACCUCCAGCAACAGUGUGGGAUGAUCCAACGAUGAAGCUGUUUAGUCAAAGGAAGAAGCAAAAUGCGCAAAACCGAGAAGAGUGGCGCAUCGUCGACUUCCUCUGUGACGCUGCCGCUGAGAAGAACAAGUUGGAUGGUAGGACAGAAAGACUUCAGAUUAAUGUUAAGUGA